CCUGUACCCGGAAGUUUACUUCACGAGCUUUGUCGUUAUCGCUGACAGUUUUGGUUUACAUUUGUUUACUUAUUGAGCUUCAUGUACACGUGUGGCGUGUCGUUUAUCCAGUUUGGUUAAUUAUUUAUGCAUAUUUAAAAAAAAAAUAAAAAUAAUAAUUUGGACGAAGCGCGCGCUUAUUUAGAGUUAGCACAGAGCGGCUGCGGGUUGAGUGUCAGGAGGAGGAUGUCUGGAGGAACCCGGCUAGAAAACGCGAAUCCUUUAAUUUUUCAGCGGUCUGGAGAAAGACUCCUGACUGCGAGUGAAGAGGACGAAGAUGUGACUGAUCCCAUUGAUGACAGAGAAAUCUUCGAUAUCAUUAGGUCCAUCAAUGAUCCUGAGCACCCGCUGUCCCUUGAGGAGUUAAAUGUCGUCGAGCAAGUGCGUGUGAAAGUGAAUGACCAGGAUAGCACAGUGUCUGUGGAGUUCACACCAACCAUCCCUCACUGUAGCAUGGCUACUCUCAUCGGUCUGUCUAUCAAAGUCAAGCUACUGCGCUCACUGCCUGACAGGUUUAAGAUUGACGUCCACAUCACGCCAGGAACGCAUGCUUCAGAAGAUGCAGUUAAUAAGCAGCUCGCAGAUAAGGAGAGAGUAGCUGCAGCUUUGGAGAACGCUCAUCUUCUGGAGGUCGUCAACCAAUGCCUUUCCACAAGACCUGCGUGACCCAUUCAGUGUUUGUUUACUGUUCACUGGAUUAAACUCCGUCACUCACUUCUCUCAACUCACACACUCGCUAGAUUGAACAUGCUUGGUAACAUUCUUUCUGAUAUGCUUAUGUUAGUUAAGAGCUUGUUGGUCCUGUGCUUUUACUGCGCACAGUCGAAAUAUAAUGCAAAGGAAAAGAAAAACACACAUAUGCUUGUAACUGCCAUGCCAUGUUUCAUAUAUUUAUAAUUAAACAAAUGCAAAACAACUUCUUAAUGAUGGACAAACUGUAAUACUAGACAUGAUCUGUAAUUCAUUUGAAUAUUUUCAUAUUAAACUUUUUAUUUUUUAAAUAGUA